CCGAAGUUGCUGCUGCUCCGGUCGAAACGAUGUUUGGGGAGGCGGAAAGGGGAGAAGCGCGAGGGGAGAGACGAGCGGAGGGAAUGGAGAGGAUGGGACGAGCGGAGGGAAUGGAGGUAGGAGGACGAUUGGAAAGGAUGGAGGAAGUGGGUCGAGUGGAGUCAUGGCGCACGCAUGUGUAG